AUGGGUUGGAGCGCACCUAAAAAUUGUGGGUUAGUAGACUUGGGAAUGGAAGGAUACCCCUAUACUUGGGAGCUUGGAAGGGGCACAGAGUGGUGGGUUGAGGAGAGACUGGAUAGGGUGUUAGCGUCUUCCUCUUGGAUGGAGAUGUUUCCUGCAGCAAAGGUUUUAAACCUUGAUGCUACCACAUCAGAUCAUUCAGCGCUGUUACUAAAAUUAAGAGAAGUGGGGAUGCCGCGGUUGAGUAGGAAAUUCAAGUUUGAGAAUGUUUGGUUGAAGGAAGGACAAUGUAGAGUGAUGAGACGAAUUUGGGUGAAUUCAAGUCAAAGGCCGCUAAUAGAAAAAUUACAGAGGUAUGCUAUAGACAUUCAACGAUGGGGUGGAGGUUUCCUCCCGGUGUGUCGUGGGCGUAUGAAGAUAUUUCAAGCUUGUCUAGCGAAACUUAAGGGUAGGCGAGAUGUCGCCUCGGCUUUGCAGUUUGAAACUAUAAGAAAGGAGUUAGACUCAGCUAUUGAUCAGUAUGAGCAGUAUUGGAAGCAAUGCGUAAAAAAUUUCGGGUUGCAAGGAGGAGAUUCCAAUACACGAUUUUUUCACUCAGAAGCUUCAAUCAGGAGAAAAGCUAACAAUAUAACCCAGUAG